AUGAAUUUCGAUGCGAAUGAUAUCAAAUACAAGAGUGACCUAUUAACAACAAUCGAAACUAAACUAAUCAAAGAUGGUUACGUUCGAAUACAAUUUAGUGAGGAUGAUCUUCCAAGUGAUCACUAUGAAAUUAAAGAAAUUGAAUCUUUCUUUGUUGAUUUCAUCAUGAAAUUGGGUGGCAAAUGCUUGACUCAUAAUGCCGAAGAAAACUCAUUCGUCUCGCACGUGCGACCAUUAUCAUCCACCUCUGACAUUCAACAUCCACUAGCACGAUCUCAGACCGAUGAUGAAUUUCCAUUUCACACCGACUGUUCAUAUGAAUCAAAUCCACCAGAAUAUAUGGCAUUGUUUGUCUUAGAACAAGAUCAAUUAGGUGGUGGACAAUUCGAAGUUAUUCAAGUAUCAGACAUUAUCAAUGAGUUAUCCGAAAAAAGUAAAACAACUCUAUUGACGGAAAACUUUAAAAUUGCUGUCCCCAUGGAGUUUCGGAAAGUGAAGGAUGUUGAUCACAUCUAUGGAUUGAUUCUUCUCGAUCAUAAUCAAAUUCGAUAUCGUCCAGAUAUUGUUCUUGAUCACAAAUCUAACGUCUUAAAUGAACUUGAUUCAAUUAUCAGUAGAGCUCCAAAACAUGUACCAAAAUUGGAAAAAUAUACCAUGAUUCUCUUGAAUAAUCGAAAAUUUCUUCAUGCUCGUACAAAAAUUCUCGAUCCUCAUCGUCAUCUACUUCGAAUUCGAUUUAACAAACCAGCUCCAUAUGAUGUUUUUUCUAUUUAUAAUGAAACUAAAUUACGUUCCGAAUAUUUAACGUUACCACAUACCCUGCUCGACUAUUUCAAUGAACAACAUACUCGUUUAUACAAGACCUUGAAGUUAAUUGUUCAACAAUAUCAUCAGGCAACAGAAGUUGGUGCAGAAAUUCGACGUACAUUUCAAUUUGAACAAAAAAUUCAUAAUCUUCUUUGUCAAUUGAAUGUUCAUCGUCCAGACUUCAAUAUCGGAAAUUAUCGACCAGAUGUUUUGUUCACAAAAGGACGUUCUUUCACUAUGAAUGGCAAACAUCGAUUUGAACCAAAAAUUUGUGAAAUUAAUGGUCGAUUUCCACUGAAUGGUUUUCUCUUUUCAGCAGCAAUUUGUCCUGGAGAUAAUAAUAAUCAAAUUUCAGUGAAUUUCGAUACUAUGCUUGAUACUAUCGUUAAAUCUACUCAAUUCGAUACUGUAAAAUCGAUGACAAUUCUAAAAUCGAAAGAACGUGGUUUUGAUAUACAUCUUUUUCAAAAAUACUGGAUAAAUAAAUAUCAUCAAAAUUGUAAUAUAAUUCAUCCUGAUCAAGUUCAUGUUGUAAAUGGACAAUUAUGUGUUCGAAAUAAUGAAUAUCCUAUUCAACAAUUGAUUAUGGAAUUGCAUCAAGAUGAAAUCUUGAAUUUUUCAGAUGAAAUUCUUCAUACAUUUAUUCACAAUACUCAGCUACGAUAUAUAAACGAUUUACGAACAAUUUUUCUUGUGCACGAUAAACGUAUGUUCUCUCUUCUAUCCAAUCAACCAUUUUUAGAUGCACUUUGGAAAUUUGAUUCUGAUCAGACAAAGACUUUAACACAACUAAUACCUACCACCUAUGUUAUUGGUCAAAUGCCAUCUUAUGUUCGAGAAUAUGUCUUGACAAUGAAAAACAACUGGUGCAUCAAACCAAAUCUUGGAGGCAAAGGAGAAAAUAUGAGCAUAGGUACAGAUGUUUCAAAAGAAGAUUGGUCUCGUCUCUUGUUGGAUAUGAAUCAUCAAGAAUGGAUUGUUCAACAGUAUCAAGAAUCAGUUCAAUACGAAUCUAUGAAUCUAUCAGGAAUGUUAUUCUGUUGUAAUAAUCAUACUUUCAAUCUUGGACCUAUUCGAUUAUCUUCAAACAAGAUUGUUAAUAUUUGUCAUGGUGGUUAUUUCAUUCGACCUUUUGUUCAUCGUCGACAUAUACAUUGUUCUGAACAAGGUGAAAUUCUUACUAAAGCAGAACUACAUAAACAAUUGAAAUUAUCCAGAUUAAACCAACCACAUUGGAAUAGAAACGUCUAUCUGUCAUCGUCAGGUGGCAGUGGUGGAAAGCGGCUAUUCUUUGCUACAGAUAUUCAAGAAAAUCAACGACAGCGAGAAAUUUUAGUUGACAUGAUGCUUUCAAAGAAUGUUCUCUCUGAUAUGGAUGUUUGUCUCAAUCUGUUUCAGUUUGAAGAGAUGUAUCGAUCAUUAGAAAUUUUCAAUGACUUCUGUUCAUUGGCUUAUUGUACUGUUUUACCCAUGGGUUCUGAUGUCGAAGAUGAUAAAGUUCUCAAUAUCAUAGAACAUUUUCGACCGAAUGUUCUUAUGGGUUCGCCAUAUCGACUUAUGCAAUUGGCUCUAUUUAUUGAAAAACAUUAUCCAACAAAUAAAAAAAUUCAUUUCGAAAAGAUAUUUUUUGCUUGUGAACCAUUAGAUAAUCUUAAACGAGAUUAUUUCAAACGCGUGUUUCAAUGCUCCAUGUGUUUGGGUUUUUAUGGAUCGGCUGAAGCUGGUGUUUUCGCUUGUCAAACACCAGAAUAUGCUACGACUCGAUUAUAUAUGUAUCCGAAAGAAUUAGUACAAAUUGAAAUUGAUAAUGGACAGAUUAUCGUAACAAAUCUUGUUCGACGACAAAAUCAACUGAUUCGAUUCAAUAGUGGUGACCUUGGCCGAUUAAUACCAACCAAUGACAACGAAAAAUAUGGAUUUAUUGAAGUUUGGCAAAGUCAACGACUAAUAGAUCUCACUCCUGGCUCAAUAAUGAAAUCGGAUAUCGAAGAAUUUAUGAAUCAAUUUGAUCUCAUCGAAUGGCAACUAAUAAUAGAAAACGAGCCGCAUCGCAGCGAUCGAGUAAUGUUAACAUUUCGCUGUGUUGAAAAGACGACUACGAAUAUCGAACAUAUGAAAACACAUAUGAACAAUUAUUUAACACGUUGUUUAGAUAGUUCAUCUCCGAUAGAAGAUCACUUGACUAUUCGAUUCGAAUUGAUUCCGUUUAAGAAAAAAAAACAUAAUUAUUUUUAUUUAGUUAUUCCAAUGUCAACAAAAUUAGGUAUGAUUGAAUGGCUUGAUAAUACACGUCCAUUAAAAGAACUUAUUGAAGUAAAUUAUACACAAGCUGAACAUGAUAUUAUUUCACAAGGUCAACAUCCAAGAAAACUUUAUCAAGAUUAUGUUACUAAUGUAUUUCAAAAAUCUAAACCAACAGCUAAAUCAACUAGUAAUACAAUUAUGUAUGCUGAAUUAUUUAUUAGUUUAACAAAAACACAAGUACAAGAUGAAUUUAAUAAAAUUCAAUCUGUUAUACCUAAUGAUCUACUUCGACGUGCUUAUUAUAAAAUGGCUAAUUCACAUGAAGGAUUUUAUACAUUACGUAAACAAUUUAUUACAAGUUAUGCUGUUUUAUGUACAAGUCAUUAUAUUCUUGGUAUUGGUGAUCGACAUCAAUCAAAGUAUGUUCAAUGUAUAGAAUAUAGAUUUUUAGCAUAUAAUCAUUUAUUUAGUUUUCUCAUUGAUACAUCGUCAGGACAAGUUAUUGGUAUUGAUUUUGGUUCAGCAUUCAACGCUGCUACUGUCCAUUUACCUGUUCCUGAACUUAUUCCAAUUCGUUUAACACGACAACUUAUUCAAUUAAUGUCACCAAUUGGUACAAAUGGUCUAUUUCGUGCAACAAUGAUUCAUACAAUGAAUGCUUUACGUGAAAAUUCUGAUUUAUUACUUAGUACAAUGGAUGUUUUUAUUAAAGAACCACUUAUGGAAUGGAUGGAACAUGCACUUAAAACAAAAUCAAAUACGAUUCGUUCUGAUGAUACAUAUGCUAAAGAUCGAAUAAAAAGUGCACGAUUGAAACUCAAUGGGAUUAAUCCAGCAGUUAUUACUGGUUCUGAUCUUAAAUUAAAUAAUUUUCUUCGUCCAUCAAGUUUGAAAGAAGCACUUCGUCAAAUGGAAAAAGUAGUUGGUGGUGAUCAAACACAAAAUAAACGUGCACAAAUUCUAAUGCAAUAUGAAUCAAAUCGUUAUCAUAAAUUAACAGUUGAUGAACAAAUUGAUUGUAUUAUUGAUCAAGCAACUGAUGUCGAUAUACUUGGUAGAUCCUGGGCGGGCUUAGAAACAUUUAUGUAA